AUGAAGAGUGUGAAGGAAUUGAUGGAAGAGGAGGUAAGCAAGGCUUUAUGUUUGUUUGUUUUCGGUUUUUAGAGCAAUUCCAAGGUGAUAUUGAACUUGAGGUUGGAGGCGCUAGAUGUGCGAAUAUUGUUGUUUUGGCGGUUUCACAACAUAGUAAACACCUUUCGUAAGGGUUUUGCUGCCUUUUGGAAGUGGAAAUACGGCUUACUAUCUUAUUUUUGAGCGAUUUUCUUGGGGAAGUCGAUCUAGUGUAACAUAAAAACACAUAAAUUUUGUCAAGUAUUUGAUAGAGAUCGUAUAGGAAGUUGCGACAUACCUUCAGGAAGACAUUCUACCGCUUUUUAAGUAGGUUUCGACUGGCUAAAUUACAAAUUCCUUCAUCUCUAUCUAUCGCAUGGAUAACAUACCUAAGAUCUGAAAACCCUUUUUUUCAGCAGCGUGAUGAGCAAGAAUGGCAUAAGAAACAUGAAGAAGAGCAUCGGAAACAUCAAGGCCACGAUGUCAUGCACGCCGAGAUCUUCAUUGUCUUCAUUGUUGUAAUGAUCAUCUCUCAAGUUUUGUUGGUGAUCUGGAAACGAAAGCAUUUCCGAAGUUAUCAAGUGUGCACCUUGAUUGGAUUAUGGCUGAUCCCGCCGAUUGUCUCGAUCUCCAAGGAAUUCUACCGGUUUCUGUUCACUUGGGUGGCGUUUAGUGCAAUAUCUGGCUAUAUCUUCAAGAUUUCCACGGCGGAUCACAUCAGCGGCAAGACGCCAAGGUAAAAUACGUUUUUUAAAUUGAUAUUGUUCUGUUUUUAGGAAAGAAAUAUGAAGAAAACUGGAGUUUGGGAAAUUUUUGUACCUAAAAUAAUAUAAAGAUAUGCCAUGUGCUGUAGAAGAACAAAUAGACAUUAAAAAUGCUACUAAGAGCUUUUUUACAGAUUUGUGUACAAUUUCUUAAUGGCUCUUCACGUCCUUUCGUACGUCCUCGGCAUUGUUGGAUACAUGAUCAUACUUGGUGCAUUGUUCGGAAUCAAUUUUAUGUUUGGUGUGAAAACCUCAACAUUUAUGGAUCUGGGAUUGUUGCUAAUGUUCUACGGGAUUUACUAUGGAGUUCUCGGCCGGGACUUUGCUCAUAUCUGCACGGAUCGGCUGGCUUGCAAAAUUGGGGUAAGUGUCAUGGAUAAUAUCGAAAAAAAUCGGGAUAAAUUAUGCUUUUAUUGAUUGAAAUGAUAAGGGAAAGGCGUUAGUAGCUCUGAGGAUGAGAUUUGAAAAGAUUUAUGCAGUGAGGAUUACUGUAACUUUCAGGUUUUAUGGGGUUUCUCUGAGUGGAUGACUUUAGAUAAUGUGGUAAAAAAGUAAUGAAGUUUUGCUAUUUUUUUGGAGGUUUAUUAUCUUAUCAGCUUCCAAAUAUCAAAUGGGGUCGAUAGGAGGGAAUAUUAGACUUUGGAUAACUGUAAAAUUGUUUUUGGAAGGUUUUUUCUUCCACUAGGUCUCAUGGAUAAUAUAGUCAAGAUAUGAUAAAAAAUCUGUAUUUUUUUGAAGGCUUGGAAUAUAACUAGUGUCUACAAGGCUUUGGGAUGGAAUUUGAGGGGUUUUUAUUUAUGUUUGGUUACUGUAAACUUGAGUUUUUAGUGAUUUUUUCUUCCACUAGGUCUCAUGGAUAAUAUAGUCAAGAUAUGAUAAAUAAUCUAUAUUUUUUGAAUGUUAGGUGUGUAACUAGUAUCUGUAAGGCUUAGGGAUUUAAUUCGAGGGGUUUUUAUGUAAGUUGGGUUACUGUAAAAUUAAAUUUUUUGUGAUUUUUACCGGACUUGGUAUCAUGUGUAAUAUAAUCAAAAUUAAAGAAAAAAAUAGCUGUUUUUGAAGUCCUAUUUUUGCCAGAUUGAUAUAGGAGCUCAUGAAGAAUUUAAUUUAUUCUUUUCAAUCUACUCUUGUAAAUCUAUCUCACUGUAACAUCCUCAAUUUCAGUACUUUACCAACGAAGGCCUCCCGAAAAAGACCCUCGAGCCGAAUGUGUGCGCAGUUUGCGGAGAUGUUGUCCGACCGGCGCCAAAAGAAAUGGAAGUCGCCGACGAGCUGGACGAACCCACCUACACCCUCAGUUGUGGCCACCGCUUCCACGAACGUUGCAUUCGCGGCUGGGUGGUGAUCGGCAAACAACAGACCUGCCCCUACUGCAAGGAAAAGGUCGAUCUCCAGCGAAUGUUCAAAAACCCAUGGGAAAAACCUCACCUAUUCUACGGGAAACUCCUCGAUUGGUGCCGCUACCUAGUCGCAUGGCAGCCACUCAUCUUGUUCGUCGUGAAAAUCUUGAAUAAUUACUUUGGACUAGAGUGA